AACAAACCUAUCUGACUGGGAGCCAAACAAAGCGUAUGCGCCGUUUGCCCGUCUUACAUUUUUAAUGACGAGGAUGAUGACAGUCGAAAAAACGAUACGUGUGCUGUCUCUAAUUCUUUAAAAAUAAUCGUUGAAUUGUUAUUCAACAGAGAGGCGAGUCGACGACAAAGAGAAGGAGUUUAACCUGCGGCGGAGAAACGAUUGUCGACAUCUGCGCAUGAUGCAUUGCAGUACUUUUGCCAAAAUGGGUGUUUUUAGUCUGAUUCUCAGAAUAGAUUAUCUGUUCCCAGAUGUUGGUUGGGUUCUUUAGCUACCGCAUCAUUUGGUUGUGCUGGACUUAAAACAACAUCCCCUCUGGCGACCUGCAGCAUGGGGCCCAUCAUGCAGGAACGCACAGCAUCCACGACACUGAAACGCGUCGUCUCCAAAGAGAAGAUUCGGACAUAGGUUAGAGGCGAGCCUGACGCACCACUAUCAUGUUUCCACAGUUCAAAGAAAGGUAACAAGAUGAAGAAAGCAGUGGGCCAAAUGAAAAAUGGCCUCCCAGGACCAGGUCAGGAAAAGGACACACUUACAGCAGUGCAGAGGGGUGCACAGUCAAAGAGUGGUAGGGUCAAAUCUGGCACUACACGGAAUACAAGCAAACUAUCCAGCCCUGAAGAAGCAGGAGAUAUGAGACCUCAACUCCGCAAGCACUUAUCUGUUCACAGGAAAGAGGAGAAAUGCGAAAGUCAGUGGAUGUCCAAAUGCACCAGUGAGCUCCACCAAAAUCGUGGGGCAAUGGGGAAAAAUCGGCGUGCACUCUCCCUGCCUCUCUCCCCAAUAUCAGGGCUUCGUCACAUGCCAGCACACCCCCUAACACAUUCCCCAGUCCCCACCCCAGAGGCACUACAGCAGCACUACAACCAGAAGGAUGUUGACACCGACAGUGCCAGUGAUCUGUCAGACUCUGAGAGACUGCCCGUACUGCCUUCUCCCUGUACACCCUGCACCCCUCCUCACCUCAACCUUCGGGCUGAGGUCAUCAACACCAGUGACUUUCCUCCAGACUUCCCCGGACCCCGUGGGACGGUGGGCGAUGAAGGUGAGGGUGAAAAACCCAUCUACAGUUACUCAGAUUUUCUGCCUCCGCCCUUCAACAGCUGGAGCCUGAGACAGCUGGCAGUGUUCCUUCACACAGAGGGCCGUGGAGCUCCCCGGCCCAAGCCUGUGGGACCCUUAGAAAAGUACCUGGAGAGGCUACUGCAGCUGGAGUGGCUUCAGAUCCAAACGGUGCAAGCAGAAAGCAGCCGACCGCCUGGGAGCCGUCCAAGGCCUCAGGGAUUCCCAUCUGCCACCACUGCUCACCCGCCAAGGCCUCACACAGCACCACCAUCCCGACUCAACUCCCCCAAGGGGCUGCGGCACACUCAGCGAGCAUUCCCAUUUACACCUGUCAACAACCCUCCAUCACCUGCCUCAGCCCAGCACCAGCACUCCCGCUUCCCAGUUUGCCCUCACUGUCACAUUCGCUACCCAUUGUGCAAUGGAAGCUGCUCAGCCUAUGCCUACCAGCGGCAUUCGCGUCUCAGCCCACUGCUUGAGCGCAAGGCCAGGCCUGGGGUACCAGCAAAGAGGAGCAGCAGUGAGACCCGGGCAACUUCCACUGAAGGCAGAAGCCCAGGAGGUCAAGGCGGUGGAGGAGGAGGUGGAGCCCAGACCCCAGUUAGUCCUUCAACUGGCAGGAGUCAUAUCAAGCACAUGCAGGCUGCAGGCAAUGCUCGUAAACAACCCCAGGAAUCUGGAACUAAUCUGAACAGCAGAGGUCAGGUGAGAAAAAGCCGUGUCAGAGCUAACUCUGAGACAGAUGUAAAAAAGGAGCCUGGUGGCUAUAAGGCAGCUAGUUCAGAGAAACGUGUUGUUGCUGCAAGUAAGAGAGAGGUCCUCACCUCCAAAAGAGCAGAAAAGGACUGGCAGAGGACCGAGGCAGGAGGUCAGACCUCUAAAACUGCAAUGAAAAGAGCUGCUAAAGAGCCACCGUCUCUCUCCAAAGCACCGCUUAGUAGUAAGCAGAAUGGCAAAACAAAAAAUGUGCACUUUGUUGCAAAGUAACCCCUAAAGACCUACAGUAUAGUGCUUUACUUUACUAGUUACUUGGUACAGGAGCUUGAACCUAUGCUUGCUUUCUGUGUAAUCUGUGUAAUACUAACAUGUUGUAACUGUUGUACAGCAGUCUAGGUAAAUCAGUCAUGUACAGCCUUCAAAAGGUCAAAACUAACUAAGAGGUUGAGCAGCUAGAAUAGAGAUAAAACAGCAAUCAUUUCGCAACAUAAUAUGACACAGAGCAGAAUUCUAAAUACAUACAAUAUUUCAUUCCAGAUGUAUAUAUACAGUCAUAAUGUUGAACUGUCUUUUGACAGAAGGCUCAUUAUGACCUUAAACACUAGUAGGAUUCAGGAUAGCUCCUGUGUAAACUAAACUCUUUUGCACUGCGCAGUCAUCUCUGAGUGUGCUAGUAAUGUUGAAAUAGGCAUAAAAUAAGCAACUACUCUGCCACUGGCCGGCUUUCAGCAUAAGCAAUCCAUAGUGAAUUUAAACACAGAGUAUUACAUUUCAGUCAUCGAGUACAACCAUAUCUGUGACUAGUGGAGUUUUUGAUGUUGGAAUGUAUUUAUUUUCAUUGCUCUUACUUUACUUGUUGUUGCUUUUUGUCUUUUCUUUAGUGCCUCAUGUUUUAGGACAUAUGUUCAGUUGAAGCAUAUUGGGUUGAAAAGAAGGAGGCGCAACAAGUGGUGGUGCAGCAGUAAUGUAAUUUGUUUCAGAUAUAUCUGUGCAAUGGUAUUGCAUUUUUGGUUUCAAGGGCUUUUCAUGUUCGAACCGCUUGAAUACGUAUAUUGUAUUUUGCAUAGAGCUGAGCUGUUUCUGUCAUUGAAGACAGUGUAAUGUUUGCUACGAAUGUAAAUGCAUAUUUUUCCAAAUUUUAUAUACCAUAGUUAUAUUUAUGAAAAGUGUUGUGGUUGACUUGUAUUCAUUAAUUUUCAUUAUGUUUACAUCAUCAUGCACAAAAACAAAAUAUUUAGUAAAAGAGCUGAAUGUAACUUAGUGUCUAGUGUGUGGUACCAUUGGUCAAAACUAGGAUUCAGUGGAACUUCUACACAUCAUAGUGGUUAGGCUGUACCAUGGUGAUAUACAUAUCCUCAUAUCCCACUGCAUACUUGAAGUCUUUAGAACACUGUUUACAUUAGAGUGUCUUAUCUGUUGUGAUUUACCACUACUUCAAUGUAAAUAAUGUGAUCCGUAUUCCGAUUGCACCUCUUUAUUCAUGUAAAGUAUCAAAGCCAUAGAUAAGGGGCCAGGAGGGGCAAUAUUAUUUUAAAUGUGUACAUUAUGUUGACACGCACGCAGAAAGAUUGUGGUAUUUUCUCAAUGUUGGAUGCAAGUAUUUGUAAGGCAUAGAAAUAAAUGUUUUGCACUCAAAGUA